UGCCCGGCUUGCUGACGUCAUUGCCGGGCGCGCCGCCAGCCAAUGAGAGGCCGCCCCGAUGACGAAUCCGUCUAUUUUCAGUCGGUUGCCACAUCCUUUAUAGCGGCACGGCGCAGACGCGGCGGUGAGUCACAGGCUGGAGCUCGGAGCGGCGGUACACAGCGACGGUGCGGCUGUAGAGCGGGGAGUGUGCGCGACAGCUGUGGACUUCGUGCGAGGCGCGUCUGUGCGGCUCAGUGGUCGAGGCAAGCCGCAGCUCGGUGACUGGCUGCCAGCGCCCGUCAGCCGGAGAGUCGGGGCGUGGCCGCGCGCCGCCCGCUCUGCGCCAGCCUGGCCGGCCGCCAGGCGAUGGAAGUCUCGCUGUACGGCGACCAGGAGUACGCCGACUCGCCCCGCGCCUACAUGGAGCACGUGCAGCAGCUGAAGCGGCGCAUGACGCUCGACCUGGAGCCGGCCAAGCGGCCGCGCGCCAGCCAGCUGCUGACCUCGCCCGACCUGCGCAUGCUGAAGCUGGGCUCGCCGGAGCUGGAGCGUCUGAUCGCGCAGCAGGGCAGCCUGCAGACGCCGGGCGGCCCGCAGGCGGUCAGCGCCGUGUUCGGCCGGACGGCCACCGAGGAGCAGGAGGACUACGCCCGAGGUUUCGCCGACGCGCUCCAGAACCUGAAGCAGCAGGAGCGGGCGGCCGGCGGCGGCGCGCCCGUGUACACCACCCUCGAGUCGUCGGCGGCGCCCGGCCGGCCGGCCGACGUGCGGGUCAAGGAGGAGCCGCAGCGCGUGCCGUCGGCCGCCUCCGACAGCCCGCCGCCCUCCAGCCCCGUCGACAUGGCGCACCAGGAGCAGAUCAAACUCGAGCGCAAACGGCUCCGGAACCGGAUCGCGGCCACCAAGUGUCGCCAGCGCAAACUGGAGCGGAUCGCCCGGCUCGAGGAGCGCGUGCAGGCGAUCCGCAACGACAACGCCGAGCUGGCCGAGGUGGUGAGUCGGCUGCGCGAGCAGGUGCACGCGCUGAAGCAGGAGGUGCACGAGCACUCCCAGCAGGGCUGUCAGAUCCUGUACCCGGCGGCGCCGUGCUGACGAGGCGGCGCGGCCCGUCGCCGCCCCCGCCCCCGCCCGCGGCGGCGACCGUCGCUCCGCACAUGUGAUAGGCAACAAGUGUGCUGGCCGCGCUGUGAUGGGUUUUUCUGUGUACCUGCUGUCGCGCGCGCGCCAACUGUGCCUACGGGAACAAAGAGAGCGGUGCUAGUCAUCGGUGGACUCGGCGCGUGAGGGCGUGUUGUUGUUAUCAUUCCAUUGUUGUGGGCCGGUGCUGAGGACUGCCGGUGUCGGUGUGUACUGACUGCUGAGGACUGCCGGUGCCGCCCGCUAUGUAGGCCAGACUGACCACUGCCCAGCGUUCGCGGCGGCCCGGCCUUCUGCUGGCACUGCGCUGUGGAGGACACCGUGUCCGCAUUGUCGCGAGGACGAUACCUGUUCAGGACGGCCUGCCUCUGUGUGGAACUGAAGACGGUCGCCUGAGCCGCUGUCUCGGACUUUGACCGAGCUUGUGACAGACGCGUCGGAUCAGCUGGAGUCUGAUGACCGUUUGGCGGUCACCGAGGGUGCACUGUCGGGGACCACUGCUCCGCUUCCCUGCGCAAUAACCCGGGGCCGCUGCGCCGUGCCGCCCGGCCUGCGAUUCACGGCUGAGGCCGGCCACUGUCCCUGGGCCGGCCGCGUGGGCGCCGGCCGCAGCGCCUCAUUGUACGGCUAACAUUGUUUUUGUUGAUCGUGUGUGCAUUUAUACAUUGCUUUGAAAUGUA